AUGUUGACGGCUUUGUUGAAAAAAUAUUUUGCCACGGAUUUUAGCACUUGGUUUUCAGAUCAGCAGGAAGUGUUUGAGCGGAUUGGUUCUAGUGUGCUCAGCAAUGCAUUCGAGGGAUACAACGCCUGCAUAUUUGCAUAUGGGCAAACAGGUUCUGGAAAGAGUUACACGAUGAUGGGUACAGUGGAGAAUCCGGGAAUUAUACCGCGUUUGUGCUGCUCAAUAUUCAAGAAAAUCGAUGAGUUGUCGUCGGCGACGCUGGCUUUCAAAGUGGAAGUUUCUUAUCUUGAAAUUUAUAAUGAGAAAGUGCGCGAUCUUCUGGACCCAAGAAAAACAAGCAAGAAUUUGAAAGUGCGUGAGCAUAAGGUGCUUGGCCCAACGGUUGAUGGAUUAUCCGUCUUAGCUGUUUCUUCGUAUGAGCAAGUAGCGUCGUUAAUGGAGGAGGGAAAUAAGUCGCGAACAGUUGCCGCAACAAAUAUGAACACGGAGAGCAGUCGUUCACACGCUGUUUUUAACAUUCGCCUCACGCAAGCACUCACUGAUCUCGAAAAUUCUUUUACGGGUGAGAAGAUGAGCAAAAUAUCGCUGGUGGAUUUGGCAGGAAGUGAGCGCGCUCAGAAAACGGGUGCUGUUGGGAAGCGACUCGAGGAAGGAGGAAGUAUCAACAAAUCACUGACGACGUUGGGUAUGGUAAUUUCAGCCCUCGCUGAGCGUUCGUGUUCCAGUGCUGGUUCGAAAGCUAAAUUUAUACCUUACAGGGAUUCGGUUUUGACCUGGUUGCUGAAAGACAGUCUCGGUGGCAACAGUCGGACAGUAAUGGUCGCAACGAUAUCGCCAGCAGCUGAUAAUUAUGAAGAAACGCUGUCUACACUGCGGUACCAUUUCCCAAAAAUUGAUACAUUUUUCAAUGCUAUUUGA